AUGGACCCUCAGGAAGAAAUUGAUGGGGAGGUAUUCCGUCCUCCUUACAACAUAAACGCGGCGGGACCUGAUGACAUCAUCCCAGUCACCAAGGUUGAUCCAAUCCUCUUACUUGCCGCUUGA